UUGACAGCGGCUCCUGGCCGUAAACAAAGGUGCGUGACUUCCACGGAAAGAGUGCACAAACAAUAGCAAACAGACGCGACGAAAUUAAGGUGCAUUAUUUUUACGCAUUUAACGAGAAAAAUCUGUCCGACUUUUUAAUCAUUCCUCUACAACACUUUUAAGCUGCGCCCUCUUCCCCGUCCUCCGCUCGCUUCGCCGAGCUGCGAAGAAGGAAAACAAUAUUCACCUCCCUCCAACCUCCAUCCAGUAAUGCCAUUCAUCCCAUCGGAAGUGACGCUCUCGGUGGCGGGAGCCGGGGCCGCCACCGGUCUGCUCGGUUCGAUCGUGCUGCUGCGACUGUACAAGCUGCGCAAGUGGGGCUGGGUAAGGUCCAACUUUUCCCUGCGCGGCAAAACGUUCGUCAUCACCGGUGCCAACACGGGUCUCGGGUACGAAACGACCAAAGCGCUCGUCCGCCGCCAGGCGACGGUCGUGAUGGCGUGCCGCAACCUGGCCAAGGCGAACGAAGCGAUCGGCAAAAUCCACACCGAGCUGGGUGCCGUUGCGCCCGGUGCGCUAAUACCGAUGGAGCUGGAUCUGGCCUCGUUCCGUUCGAUACGCAGCUUUGCCCGGGAGCUGGUGCGCACCGUGCCGCAGCUGUACUGUCUGGUGAACAAUGCCGGGCUGGCGGUAAGGACGCCCGAGUUUACGCGCGAACACUACGAGGUCCAUUUCGGGGUGAACCAUCUCGGUCAGUUUCUGCUGGUGGAGCUGCUGAGGGAGCGGCUGCUCGAGCAGCGGACGCGUGUGGUCGUUGUGUCGUCGCGCAUGCACGAGAUCGAGGCGGAGAUCGAUUUCGAGCAGCUGGGCCGAUGGGUUGAGUACGGCAGCCGGCUGAACCGGCUGUACAACAACUCGAAGCUGAUGAACUUCUACUACGCCCGGGAGCUGUACAAGCGCGGCUACAACGUGCACGUGCUGUGUCCGGGCCUGUGCCAUACGGACUUUUUCCGCCACUACGAGCCGAAGUGGUACCACUAUCUGGUGUUUUCGCCCAUCGUCUGGCUGAUGCUACGGUCCGGUGAACAGGGGGCGCAGAAUAUAAUAUACGCAGCAACGGAAAGUGUGACCACGCCGGACAGUAACCCGGUGACGGGCUACUUCAUCUCGAACGUGAAAAUGCGCCGCUCCAAGUUUCACUUCGACGAGGAAACGUCCGUCCGGUUGUGGGACGCAAGUGUGCGUGCGAUUGCGGAUGCGGACGCCAAGUCGGUCGAGCAAAGCGUUUCGACCAGCUCCGAAAGCACCAGAGACGCUCGCAGAUCCUAGUGGCGAAGGAUAUAAUUAAGACUGUUUGGGAUUGUUGGUUGUUGUUGGUACCUUACAGGGGUUUGCCAGGGGUUCUCAUAGUUGUGGGAUACUCUUUCCUUGACUCUUUCUUGUGGGAAGUGAACUUCAUAUGUUGGAAAUAUGACUCUAUGGCAACCUCCUACAGGAUACUUGGAAAUUCCAAUUGGAUUUGUCCAACAAGCAUGUUAGAGCCCAAUUCCCAUUACAUUAAGUUCAAUUCAAGAAGGAGUCAAUAAAGUGUCCCACAGCUAUGAGAACUGCUGGAAAACCGUGUACGGUUUGGUGAUGGAAUGGCAUACAUUGGAUGAGGGUUUCUGGGGGAUGAAUCUUUUUCUACGGUUUAUGGGGUUGUAGUUAGUUGUAUUUUUUAUGAGGCUUUUUAAAGAGAUUAUAAUAACCAGCUCGAAUGUACUUACCUGAUUUAACACACACGCACACAAAGGUGUACAAGCCGGGUGUGCAAUUUUUAUAAUUUUUGGGCUAACCUUUUGCCUUGUCGUUACCACCUCACCACUCACCAAAUGUAAUCGUAUAUCGUCUUGCAGCAGCUGGUCGGUGUUUUUUUGGUGGGUCCUAAUGGUGACCAGCAGUAGUAGUGUUGAUCGAUAACAAGCCCGUACACAUCAAUCUCAAACGAUGGAUAAGGAACAGAGCGCAGCGUCGGACCGGCAGACGUACGACGAUAGUCCGGCAACGCAGAGUGAAUCAUCGUCCGCAUUGGGCUGGCUGCUGCUGUACAGUGUGGCCAUGUUUACGCUACCCUUUGCGGCCUUCUACAGCACGCGGUACGGCCUGACGCACUAUCUGCACGUGGACGGGUUUGCCAACACCUGCGGCUCGGUCGUGGCGGCGGUACUGGUGGUGAACGUGAUCAUCUUCCUGUACGCCGUGCGUGGAUAUGAAGAUGUGAAGGAUGACGACAACAACCACGACCCCACGACGGAGGAAGGCGACGAACGCAAGGAUGAAGCUAAAAAGUCGAAGUAGACAUUAGUGAACAUACACGGGGCCGUAUUUCUCAACACGGUGACAUCAUUCCAACUGGUUAGGGAGCAUUGAUUGAGGGCGAGUUUGAAUUGUGAGACGUUAUCGGUAGGCUGUAUAGAAUGUAGAAAGGAAUAUAAUAAACUUACUGUACGAAAGGA